GCUUUGCCAUCCCAGAUAACGGCAGGCAUGGGACUCCCCAGAGAAACGGGAUGGAAAGGCGGGAGGUGGAGAGAGGCUUCCAGGUGACUUUUUCCUCUCUGCCUGCACUCGGUCACGGAGCUCUAAGAGACUGAGGAGGUGCCACCUGCCUCCCGCCGUGGCUGCUGCCGCCGCCGCUCCUCUCCGGGCUCGCUCCCCCGUUAAUCAGAUUAGCGCGUCGUAGCAGCCUCCCUCACCCGCUCUUCCAUCGCAAGUGUCCGUCUCCCCUGAGAGAUUUGUCUCAAUUCUGCCUCUCUCUCCUCCCCUUUCCACUGAUCACCGUGCAGUUCUCGUCAGCUCUGGGCAUCUCUCCCUCUCUCUUUCUCCUUUUCCUGCUGGGUGUCUCUGCCUCCUCUUGGCUCUGUGCAUCGCUCCAUCCAUCCUCCCUCUCUCUCCGCACUGGUGUGUGCGCGCAUCUCUCUCCGCCCGGCGGCUGCCACCCUCGCCCUACAAGCGCGGCGCUGCCCGGAGGAGCCGCCGCUGCCGCCGCCGCCGCCCGGCCCUGCCUGGCCGCCGUGAGUCCCGCCUCAGCCCGCGCCCGUCCCCCGCCCGCCGCGGCACCAUGUCCGGCUCCGGCAGGAAAGACUUCGACGUGAAGCACAUCCUGCGCCUCCGCUGGAAACUGUUCAGCCACCCCUCGCCGGCGGGCGGCCCGGCGGGGGGAGGCUGCCUGCCGCCCGACAGCAGCUUCGAGCACUGGGGACCGAGCCAGAGCCGCCUGCUGAAGAGCCAGGAGAGAGGCAACGGCGUCUUCUGGAAGAAAUCCGCCUCCUCCGCCUCCUCCUCGGCGGCCACCACGGCCAGCCCGCCCAACGGGACGCUGCUGCCCGCCGGCGGCCGGCCGGCCGCGGGGCACGGCCCGGGACCGCCGCCGCCCCGCACCGUCUUCUACGUGGAGUCCCUGGAGGAGGUGGAGGAGGAGGCGGUGCCCGGCGGGAUGGAGGUGGCCCGCGAGCCCGAGAAGCCCCUGGCCCCGCCGGAGCGGGAGGAGGCGCCGGGGGGCUGCGCCGAUGGAGGCAGCCGGGCAACAGGUGACGGAGGCGGGCACAGACUGUCAGGAGCCAGCCACCCCUUGCCACCCCACUGUGACAUGGAUUCAUGUAGCUCCGAGGAAUUCUACCAGGCUGUUCACCAUGCAGAGCAAACCUUCAGGAAAAUGGAGAGCUACUUGAAGCAGCAGCAGCUCUGUGAUGUUAUCCUGAUUGCUGGUGAUCGCAAGAUACCUGCACACAGACUUGUCCUCAGUUCUGUCUCUGACUACUUUGCUGCCAUGUUUACAAGUGAUGUUUGUGAAGCCAAGCAAGAAGAGAUCAAAAUGGAAGGCAUAGACCCCAAUGCGCUGUGGGACCUUGUUCAGUUUGCAUAUACAGGCUGCCUGGAAUUAAAAGAAGACACCAUUGAAAACCUCCUGGCAGCUGCCUGCCUUCUCCAGCUCCCCCAAGUAGUAGAGGUUUGCUGCCAUUUUCUAAUGAAGCUUUUGCACCCAUCCAACUGUUUGGGAAUACGAGCAUUUGCUGAUGCACAAGGGUGCACGGAGCUUAUGAAGGUGGCUCACAACUACACCAUGGAGAAUAUAAUGGAAGUUAUAAGAAAUCAAGAAUUUUUACUUCUACCUGCCGAAGAACUCCAUAAACUUCUUGCCAGUGAUGAUGUGAAUGUUCCUGAUGAAGAGACCAUUUUCCAUGCCUUAAUGAUGUGGGUGAAAUAUGAUAUGCAGAGGCGAUGCAAUGACCUAAGUAUGCUGCUUGCUUAUAUCAGAUUACCACUCCUUCCACCUCAGAUAUUGGCUGACCUGGAAAACCAUGCACUUUUUAAGGAUGAUCUAGAGUGCCAGAAGCUUAUUCUGGAAGCCAUGAAAUAUCAUCUUUUACCAGAAAGAAGAACUCUUAUGCAAAGUCCAAGAACUAAGCCUAGAAAAUCUACAGUUGGAACGCUUUAUGCUGUUGGAGGAAUGGAUAACAACAAAGGAGCUACAACUAUUGAAAAGUAUGAUCUCAGAACAAACAUAUGGAUUCAGGCUGGAGUAAUGAAUGGCAGGAGGCUUCAGUUUGGUGUUGCUGUCAUCGAUGACAAGCUGUUUGUCAUUGGAGGCCGGGAUGGUUUAAAGACAUUAAACACUGUUGAAUGUUACAAUCCAAAGACCAAGGCUUGGACUGUGUUACCACCUAUGUCAACCCAUAGACAUGGCUUAGGAGUUACAGUGCUUGAAGGGCCUAUUUAUGCAGUGGGAGGACAUGAUGGUUGGAGUUAUUUGAACACAGUUGAGAGGUGGGACCCUCAAAGUCAGCAGUGGACAUUUGUGGCAAGUAUGUCAAUUGCCAGAAGCACUGUUGGAGUAGCAGCAUUAAAUGGCAAGUUAUAUUCUGUUGGAGGUCGGGAUGGAAGUUCAUGUUUGAGCUCAAUGGAAUAUUAUGAUCCUCACACAAAUAAGUGGAAUAUGUGUGCUCCUAUGUGUAAGAGAAGAGGAGGUGUAGGCGUGGCUACCUGUGAUGGCUUUCUUUAUGCAGUUGGAGGUCAUGAUGCUCCUGCUUCUAAUCACUGUUCUCGUCUGCUGGACUACGUGGAAAGGUAUGACCCAAAAACUGAUACGUGGACAAUGGUGGCUCCACUGAGUAUGCCUCGAGAUGCUGUUGGUGUUUGUCUCCUUGGUGACAAAUUAUAUGCAGUAGGUGGCUAUGAUGGUCAGACAUACCUGAACACUAUGGAAGCAUACGACCCUCAAACUAAUGAGUGGACACAGAUGGCUUCCUUAAAUAUUGGAAGGGCUGGUGCCUGUGUUGUAGUCAUCAAACAACCAUGACUUUGUCAGCACUGCUUAGGAUUUUACUGACUGUGAAAUGAUUAUUUUUCUAUGAGACAAGAGAAUGAUAACUUCACAAGAACAAGGAUCUACACAGUGAAUACACUGUUGAUCACAAACUUGAAGUAUGGAAGUGACAAAGAUUAAGUAUUUAUGCCCUAUAAAAUCAUAAAACCGUUCACAGUCAGUGAACAAGAAAAAAGCCCCCAGAGUAUUGUAGGCGUAAAUAUGUGAAUGUAGAGUAGUGAGUUCAGGUAUUGCUCUCAUGAAUGUGUCCUGAAGAACUGGAUAAUCAUGGGAAGUCUACACAAAGUGUGGAAAGGAAAAUGAGAACAGUUUUCAUGGCUGCAAGGGAAAUAUGAAAGUCUAUUUAAUCAAUUUUAAGCUGUGUUUUUUAAAAGAGAAAAGUGGAUAGUAAUAUAAUUUUUUUUUGCUGUUCAGGUCUUGUCUUCAAAUGGGUUAUGGUCUUCUCAUUUAAAUAAGCAGUUUGACUUUACUGAAAGGAAGAGGUCAAAUGGUCUGAAUAUUCAUAGUGACUGAGUUGUGACUCUAAACCAGGAAGAAACACAAAACUAAAAGUAGGCUUUUUUUGUAACUUCAGAUUGUACCUCCUCACCUAUGUUAAUGCAUCUUAUAAAUUAUUUUAUUGAGUGGGAAGCCUGUGUGUUUAAUCAGGUAAUAUAAAAAAGUCCUGGGGCUGCACUGGGGCUUUGUUGCAAGUAUGGGAGUCAAAGAAACAGUAACCUAAUUCUUUCUUAAGCUUAUAUUCAAUUUAAGCAUGUGGGCUCUAACCUCACUGUUUGAUGCAUCUACUGCAUGUUGGAAGCUCAUGACAAGCUGGAAAAUUGAUCCCCUUAUUUCGCUGCAUCAUGUUAAUGGAUGAACCGUGACAAGAACAGUCUAUAGAGACUCUUUUAACAUUUCAAGAGGGAGAAAAAUCCUACAUUUUAUUUAUUUCUGAUGCUUGUAGAUACACAAUUUUGCCUACUUAGAGCUGCAAAAUUAUGACUUUCCACUUAUGACUGAGAAUAACUGCAAGUCAGGAAAUCAGAAUAAAUGCAAGUGGAAUAAGGAAAAUUAGACCAUUUGAUUUAAUACAUUUCAUAUGGUAAAUAUACUAGUGUCAUCUGUGCUUCCCUUUAGGGUUGAUAAUUUCUGCCAGUAAUCAUAGUCUGAGCUUUUGAUCUGGCAGUAGAUUUGGUGCUGAUGCUUUCUGUCUGCUCAGCUGAAUCAGUUAGAACCUAAGGCCACUACUGGAAUAUGAAAUUCUGCUAUUCAGGGAUGCACAGCUACUGGGAACAGGGCACCAAAUAUACUUCUCUAAAGCCUGGCUGAUCCUAUAGGAAACAUUUCAUGGCCCAAAAGCAGAAAUUUCACAAUCCUCUAUCACUAGCAAUUUUGAGAAGGAAUACUGGUUGCACUAAAAUGAGUUCUUGUAGUGGAAAUCUCUGCAAUCAUUUAAGAUGAAAAAAUAUGUUGAGCUUCCAUCACUUCAUUUGAAGAUGUGCUUUUCUUCUAACUGCAUCAGUAUGCAUGGAGGUCUUUGCUUACUGAUGUCAGUUGAAUUGCAAUUCUGAAGCCGAAGUAUAUGGAUUUAAAUAUUUCUCUGUCCUAAUUUGGAAUCAGCUGAAAACAAUUCAACAUUAAUUUUCCACAGCCAGUUGCCUUUUGAAUUGCAAUUAGUCUCUUUCACAAACAUAUGAAUUUUUCUCCAACUACAACAAUCUGUCUAAAGAUUUUGCUUCACAUAAACACAAGUUUUGGAGACCAAAUUAAGAAGAUUCUAUAAUUAUAACUGUAAUUAAAUAUAGAUAUUGGCAUUCAGAACUCCUACAGAGGUAGCUUAGAAGAACUUAGAAAUUGAAUUUUAAUGCUAUUUCCAGAACUUUCCUUUUAUUUCAUUAUAUUAAUAUAUAUAAUAGAAAUAUUAUUGCUUUACCUAUACACAGAUCUUCAAAGUUGGAUUAUUCCUAUUAAUUUCAUUCAGUGCCAAAUUUGUUUUAAGUGCCUUGAUCAUUAUUUUCUUCCAUUUAUCCUAAUUUCAUUUUUCAUUCUCAAUUGCCUUUUUUACUUUUUCAAUUUGCUUUUAUUUUACCAAAAUGAUUCUCAUGUGAAUUUUUUUAGUCUAUUCCAAUUCUCUUAUUCUGAAACAAUAAAAUCAGUAUUUGUUUUAUUUUGAUUAUGUAAAAUCUAGCCACAAUAAGAACCAAAAUCGGCUUUCAUAUUUAUACAAGUGCUACAAGUUUCUUCUAAAGAGAACUGAUGAAAUUUUUUUUUUUUUUUCCUUUACCAUUAUGUUUGCUUUCCCUAAAAAUAACAAUAGUUUUACCUUUUUCUCAAAGGGAAUGUGUUUAAAUCCAGGUAUUAUAUAAUUGUAGUCUUGAUUUCUGUGGUUCAUUAAGACCCAUUUUUUAUGUAUAAGAGUUACAAUCACUUCUGAUGCACUAAAUUUUGCUAAACAAUGUUAAGUUUACUUAUUAAAGAAAGCCACUGUCUUUUCAAAAGACAGGUGACCUUGUUCAUCAAACAUGAUUUCUUUUCUCUCAGAUAACCUCUUCAAUGUCAAAGUAUAAAAGUCACAGUGAAAUCAGAGCUGCAACAAACAUUAAUUUUACUGAAAUCAAUUACUAAAUUCCUUGAAAUAUAGAUAUUUCCUAAUAUGUUGGAACCCUUGUAUAUCUACCGAUAAAAACGUCAAUUAAUAGCUAUUCUUUAGUGGAGCUCUUUAGUAUUGACAUUAUAUGAUUCAAUUUUAUAGAAAAGUUUUGCAUUGUUGUCAAAGUCACAAAUAAACUAAGAAUAUUGUUUCAUUGGCUUCAGUUACAAUUGUUCAAUAAUUAUUUUAAUAUAUGUUCUUGUAAUCAAAAUACUGAUAUUAUUUAGAAAUCAGUAGUAAAUUUUUAAAAAUCCUUAUUACAUAUAGAACAGACUUUUUAUUCGUAUGAAAAUUCCAGUUAUUAAGACAAUAUUAGGAUGCUUUCAGAGAGUUGCCUGCCUCAUAAUUUUACUUUGUUAAGCUAACAUUAAUUGAUGCAAGGGAACCAUUUUAGCAUAGAUAAAGAAUCAUUUCCUUGGAUAGCACUUUCUUCUGCAGAAACCUGCCGUCAAUUGACCAUUAUUUUAAAAGUCUUAAAAUAUAUCUAGAAAUAGAUAUUUAUUAUAUCUAUAAUCUUAUCUGUAUAUAUUAUUCAGAUACUUUCAAUAUGUUUAGAAGGCCUAUAUAAAUUCCCUUAAAUAUAUUUAUGUCUUAAACAUUUUCUAUUAUUUCAAUAAAAGUAACUCACAAAACAAAUUUGAGUUAUGCAAGUUAUAUGCAAGUUUUAAUGGCUCAGACCUUGAAGUCCAUGAGCAAACACCAGAAACGCUGUGUAUUGUGAUUAUGAAUGAAAUACACUUUUUCCACAAGAGAAUUUACAUUCUCGAAAACUUUCCUUAUUAUUUUGCCUGUAAUGAGCUGGGGAAAAGAAAUGUGACCUAUGACCUAUGUUAUCUAUGAAUUUGCAUUAGUUAUUUCAUGAGGAAUAAAUAGAGAAAGCAUUUCCACAAAGGCUUCAAGAAAGCUCUUGUAACUUUUAUCAAAUAGCAGUAAUAGAUUGCAUCUGUUAAAUUCUUAAAAUACCAAUUUAUUGGAUUUUUUGCAUUUACUAUACCAAGAAAAUGUGCAUAAACUACAUAAUGCAGGCUUAUUUCCAGCUCAGAAUCUCAAUAUGUUAAAGUAACUCCAGAUAUAUUUCUUUAAAAACAGAUUAUCCAUUCAGUAUAUCUGUUCUAACUUAAAUGAGAAUGCAUAAAACUUUCAGCAGAAUAAUUAUUCUUCAGCAUUAUAUUAAAUCCAGUGUCAAGCUGCUCAAAUUGGCAUAAACUUGAAAUUCAUUGCAAAUUCCCUCAUUAUAGUUCUGCUUCAUAGUUCAUGGGGACUGAGUACACUUUGGGACAAAGAAACCACUGAAAAUCAUUAUAUCAGCAUAAGCUUGAUUUCCACAUGUAGGACUGCAGCUGUCAGACAUUAAACCAUAAGGAAAAUUACUAGCACAGGUAAGAAUUGUAGUGACAGGGAACAAUACAGCUUCAAAUCACUGGCUGUUCACAUCUUCACCUUGGGGAAUCUAUGCAGCUGCCAAAUUCAUCACCUAAGAAUUGCAAAAGUAGUCAAAGCUGAGGUAUAACCAACUUACACUUCUAUCACCCCAUAUAUUCCCAGAUUUCCCAUGAUGAUUAAAAAAUGCACAAAAAUUAAAAUAAUGAUGAUAAUAAAUCCUCUCUUGCAGAAGUCUAGUACUGCUCAGAAUGAGGUCUCUGAACCACGUUCGUGUUCAAUAUUCUUCACUUAGGUGGCCUAGGUUGUGUGUUAAGUCUGGUGACAUCUUUAGUGAACUCUUUCUCAUGUCCCCAACAAAAGUGUCAUUAAGAGGGCUGCCUUUAAUGACCUCCAGGAAGAAAUGAUGUUUCAAAGGUGAGAAGUUUCCAUUAAAUAGAUGAGCAUUCAAUUUAGUCACCUCCACAUAAGUGUCUGAUACCAUGUGAGAUGCCCAAAAUUAUCUAAGUUGUCCACACUGGGCUGGCACAUAUGACACAGAAGUUAUGGAGUGGUAACAGGAAUUUUAAUAGACUGUAAAGUAUCCCAGAUGAUAUUAGAUACCUUUCUGGAGGCAGAUAGAAUCCAUGAUCCCUCAUAUAUAUAUUUAUGUAUGUGUAUGCACCCAGUGUCACUAGUUAUUUGAAGUUAUUAUCUAACUACCAACCUGUGUGAUGGGACAACCUGAAUUUAAAAAAAUAUUUUACUUCAGGCUGCUUAAGUUUGAAAAUAUUAACCUCAAUUGUCCAAUGAAUGAUAGAAAUAGUGAACAUAGGUGUGAUAUCCAUUAAUACUCAUUAAUGUUGGCAUGCAUGGAAAAUGCUAACUUGUAGAGAUUCCCUUUAUAUGGAAGAUUAUUUUUUGCAUCACUUCAGUAAAAAAUAUGUUCUGUAAGCAAGUCAGGAGUAAAUCACCCUUACUCAGCAGUUAUUGAAAAAAUCGCCAACAUUAGUUGCUAUUACCUAAUGUAGACUUUUUGGGUGGCUUUUUUUUUUUUCUUCUUUUUAACAGUAAAAUGUUUCUGGCUGCAAUUUUGUAAAGGUUUGGGUGGCACAUUUCAGUCACAUAGGGGAAAAUCUCACAUAUAGACAUAGUGUAAAAACAGACUAUUUGGCUUAGGUUUUUGGGUGCUUUAUUUUUGUUUGUACAUCUGUAUAUUUUCCAGAAUAUCAAAAUUUUAAAUGGUCAUUUGUUCCACUUGAAAGGUAAAAGAGAAAGAAGACUUGCUAUAGCAGGCUGAAUGGAUAAAUAUCCAUGUUGUAAUAAAGAGGGUUCUACUGCAUAAAUGUCCACAUCAGAAUUAUACAUCCAAAGGAUUUUCUUAUAGCCAGACUAGAAGAAUCACUAUUUCCAGGACAUGAUUCAUCAUGUUAAUAAGUGAAAUAAAUCACACUUUAAAAAUGUGUUUCUCUCCAUUGACUGCAAAAGUGUUUAAAUUACUAUAUCAGACGGAAUUAUUUAAGCUGGAUAAGAUGCAUCUCUACCCUUUAAGAAAUGCCUAGAAGGAACUGGCCCAACAAGCAUUUAUUUCCAAUAAAUAUGACAGGAAUUUCAUUUAGAAUAUAAGUCCAAGACUCAAAUAUGCAUUGAACAAAAAACAGUUUCCCUGUUCUGAAAUCAAAAACUCUUAUGAUAUUCAGAAAGUGGAUAAUUUGGAGCUUUCAAAUGACAGGCAAAGGAAGCAAAAGAUAUCUUUUUAUUAUCCUAGAAGGAGAAAAAGUGUUCAGAAAAUUACAGCUGCAGCUCCUGGUUACCUAAAUUUUUAGAUAUCUUAUAUUUGAGGGAUAAGGGAGCAAUUUAAUACAGUAACCUACAAGAUAUAUCUAUAUAAUUAGACUUCACAAACUUUCAGUACAUGAAAUAAGAUUAUUUACAAACAGGAUUGCUGCAAUCAAUGGGCAUCAUUAUUCCAGGCCCUUGGUUGGGAAGAGAAAAACUGGAGAAAAGCAGGCACCUCCCUCAAGGUGGGUCAUCUCAGCCAAAUGUAAGCAUAUGAAAAAUCACCUGCUUGAAAUGCAUUGUUUUCCUCUUUGAUUUAUAAAGGUGUCAAUGAGAAUAACCAGAUUUAGGCACCUAAAUUAGUAGAAAUACCAACAAUGAAGUGUAGGAAAAUGCCAAUCAUAUUAUCUAUCUGAAACGGUAAACCCAGUUGACUUGCUUAUAGACUUAUCCACAUUAACAUUUAUCUCACAAGUAGUUUACACCAGACUACAUAUUCUUUGACAGCUCUAUAUAUAUAGACAAUUAAAGAGAUUUAUUUUAUGUGAUCAAAUUCAAGUUCUGAAAUAACAUUCAUUGUACAGAUAAUGUAGGUGAAUUUCUUGUGUUUAUGAAAGUUCAGAGUUAUGCACAAAGUGCAAAAUCACCAGAUGAAUUGUUCCUUUCAUUAUAAACUGUGAAUGUUUAGCGCCUUCUAAAAUCACAGACCAUAUUCUUUGCUCUUUAAAAUCAGAUGCUUAUUUUUUUAUUCCAUUUUUCAAAAUUGUGGCUAUAUUUUACAUAACACAUUUUUAUGAAAUAUAUGUGUCCAGAACCUUGCAGAAAAGUAUAUGUCAAGAUUCUGCUGGAAUGAGAUUAGAAACUGCACAAGCUUUUAUAAAUGUAUUUUCUAUGUCACAUACUUAACAUAUUUUUGGUUAUGUUUAGUUGACUUUAGGAAACUAACUCAGAGUUCUUAAAAAAUUUAUAAAGAAAAUCAAAUCAAGAUUUUGGUUUAAAGAAAUUAAAGAAUAACCUUUAUUUGCUUGACUGCUAUCAUUCUCCUCUUCCCUCCUAUAAAGCAACCAAAAAAAAACCAAAACCAAAAAACCAAAAACAACCCAAAAAAAAAAAAAAGAACCCUGGAUAAGUUCUAAGUCCUUUUUAAUUUCAGUGUACAUUCAAUAAUUUAUAUUGUCAUACAUUAUGGUUAUUUGUAAAAUUAGAAUUAGAGGAAGAGCUGCAACCAAACUGACAUAGAAAUAACUGUUAUGCACAGAUUGCAGGUCAUCACUAAUUGGGGAAAUAAAAACUAAUUUUUUCUAGAAUGGUCUAGUAAACACAAAGUGUCAGCAGACUUAUGCUAAUGGUGGCUCAUUCUUUAACUAAAAUGCUUCUGCCUUCACCUUGCAUAACAAAAAAGAUUAUGUAUGAGAUUAUGGCUGCUUGCUUUGAGGAAGAGACUGGAAAAUGAGGUCUGAGUCCUUAACGCAAGAGGAACAUUGUUAAAGUAGGAAUGAUGUGGUUAACAGCAUGUCACAAGUAUAAACUCUCCAGUGCUGUCAUAUGAGCGUGCAACUGUUUGCAGAUGUAUUAUAGGAGUUUUUGCAUCAAAUGGAUCCAGUCAGAAGUUUUGAAGCUUUAGUCAAAAACAAAAUCAGUAUUGAAGAAAUAUGUUGGGAUGUUGACAUAUGAGUUUACUUAGUAUAGAAAAGGAGUACAGAGCAAAAUAAGCGUACAGUGUUUUGGAAUGUAAGACAAUAAAUACAUAAAAAAUGUAUAAAUAUGGUUGUAAAUACAUUCAAUUAAGCUGUCCUAAGUUUUGCAAUAUUUGCAGAGCAGUUUACUGAAUGUUAUGCUUUUACCAUGGUUCCGUUAUGUCUUGGACAUAUAUGUAUAGAAUGCAAGUGAAGACAAUAGAGCACAAUGUUAAACUCUUAACCUUUGUUUGGCACAAAUUGUUUCUAAGAAAUUUGAAUAUUGAAAAUGUCACUGUGCAAAAAUAAACAUGCCUGUUUUUAUGUGUUGCAGAGGUGAUUCUUUUAAAUGAAUAUGGUAACACAAUUAGGGGUUCAGCUUGAAUAUUUUAAACUUGCCCAUACACAGUUUCACUCAUGUAGAUCCAAAGGGCAAGAAUUUUAAGACUCUGCUAAAUAUUAUUAUUUGUUGUUUAUCCUUUUCUUAAGUCACACUAUUAAGAAUAUAAUGGGAUGACAACGUCAUUAAAAAUUCAGACUUUCAAGUUUUUUUGAUCACUUUUUGUUGGAAACAACAAAUGAACUUAUUCCCCUCAAAAAGAAAAAGAAGUCUAUGUGCAGAGCUAUGUGAUUUAAGUAGAGUAAGAGCAUGAACUACAAGUGAGUCUUAUAUGCUGUUUAAUAUGAUCAAUGAGAAAAUAAAUUUUCACUGAAAAAAAAUGUACCUGUUCAGGCCAAACAGAUUUCUCGAGUCACAUGUGUUUGAAGAGUUUUCUUGAAUCACAUAUAUUUUAGUGUCCAAAAUGUUAACCUGGGAUAUAAAAUAAAUCUAUGUUAUAAGA